GUGAGUUGGACUGCGGUCGGUAAUUUUUACGUGAAAAAUUGUGAAAAAUUGUGAAAAAUUAGUGUUUUUGUCCUGAUUUUUCGCUAGAAGAAACGCAUAAUCCAUUCUGCUUGCGUACGUAUCGAUCGUUUGAUAUAGGCAUCGAAAAAAGCGCCGAAAAUACGGAUUUAAGUUGGGCAGCCAAUCAGACGAGUGAAACUCCUAUGUAAGCAUCAUGAUUCACUUGACCGGCCAAAACCUAACCUCGAAGGAGGUCAUCCAGAAUAUCUUCUCGCCGACCGUCGGAGCAAUCAUCUCCCCCCAGGCCGAAGAACUAUGCCAGAAGAACAAUCUAUCCUUCGUCGAAAUGUUGCAGCCUUUCCUAAAAUUGUCUUCGGAUGCGCACUUCCGCGACACCGCCGGUACGAGCGUGUCCAUCAAGGGUCUCCGUGUCAACGUGUGCGAUGUCAACUGGCGACCGCCGCAGACGAUUCUGGCGAAAAAGAUGCUCAACGAAUCGGUUACGUCGAGCGUUGGUGAAAAGCUACGGCCAAUCAAGCUGGAAGAUGGGACCUUCGUGGACAUUCCCGUGUCGGAACCAUGGUUCGAGCAGUGGCGUGAAACGUUUCUGACCGUGCAAUUUCCUUCGGAUCAUGAGUUCACUAGACACUUGCUCUGUUCGCUGAUCGUUGUGUCCAGUAUCGAUUUGAAUCCGCUGGAGGUUGCCGGUCAGCUGACGAAAAAAAUCCAAAUGAUGCAAAACAUCACGCCACCGCGGCUGCCAAAGUGGUUCUCUACCGAUUCGCUGAACUGCUACGUCAUGCUGCAUGACGGUUGUUCCGGAGAUAUUGGGAAAGCUCAGCAAGCAUUUGAGGGCCUUAAAUCGACCUACGGUGACCACAAAUGCUUUCUGUUGCAAAUUAACUCCCAUCAGGGACCGCCGAUGGACUGUCCUGAUCCAUGGUUGCGUUAUCUGAAGAAACAUCAGCGUGCCGAACCAACCACAGCCGAUAUAGAUAGCGCACCGAAAACUCCUCAGGAUGCAGCAUCGGUAACGUCAAUGCCGAUUACGGUUCAAUCGAUGUCGCUAACUCCUGGAGGUAGCAGUACGGCUUCCGAUUCGGGAAUCAUCAUCGGCGAGGUGAUUGCACAUCCACUUAGUCCGGUGCAGGAAAUCGGGAUAGAACUACAGGAGACUUCCAGUCUGACGUCCAGCAUCGACAGUCUUUCGCAGCAAACGAUCAACCCGAAUGUUUGGACAGUGGAAAGUGAUGCGGAUAUUGCUCAUGGUACAUUCCUAACUGCUGGGGACUUGGAAAACUUGAAGCAUUUCGUGCAGGACUUUGCCGUACGGGCGUUGAUUCCGUACGUUGAAAAGCUGGUGGGGGUGUUAAAUGAUUCAAUCUCGAACAAAAAGGGCGUCAGUCGUUCGUUACUUAGCGCUACCAAGCGAUGGUUUGUGACCAAUAAACCCGGUACGAACACCAAUCAAAACGCAGUUGUUUACACCAAUGAAUCUACCGAACUGCAAACCAGGAAGCUGGGAGACCUCUACUUUAUGUUUGGCCAUUAUUCACUAGCCUUCCAAGCAUACCAUCAAGCAAAGCGAGACUUCAAUGCCGAUUCCGCUUGGCAGUACUAUGCAGGAGCACUAGAAAUGGCAGCUCUCGCAGCGUACAUGCAAGGUACUGCUAAUCGUAAAACGUACGACUACAUGGAGGAAGCUAUCGUCACCUACUUGAACAGUUGUAAGAUGCCUCAGUUUGCCACCCGGGCUACCUUACUGUCGAUAGAGUGUCUCAGGGCGGCCAAACUCUACAACGAAGCCGCUAAACAGUUGAUCCGAAUGACCAGUGAAGAUUCGGAUCUACGUUCAGCACUUCUGCUAGAGCAAGCCGCCUACUGCUUCCUUUUAGCUACGCCUCCGCAGUACAGAAAGUAUGCAUUCCAUUCGGUACUUGCUGGUCAUCGAUUCUCGAAAGCUGGCCAAAGAAAGCAUUCAUUCCGAACGUACAAACAAGCGUAUCAGGUAUUUGAAAAUCGCGGCUGGAGUUUGGCCGAAGAUCACAUCCAGUAUACCAUCGGAAGGCAAGCCAUCAACUUGAAGAAGCUGGAAGAAGCAAGCAACUGUCUGGCUCAUCUUCUGAGACCUUCCAGUCUUCAGAGUGCUUCCCAGCAAGCGUUCUUCCUGAAAGAUUUUCUCGCCACACAGAAAGCAUUACUCGCCAAAAGCGAUGCAAACGAUAUCCUAACAAUCUCUCUUCCGAAGAUCGUUCAACCCAUGACCCGAGUUCUGGUUACGUCUCAACCUCCGGUGGCCAAUCCUCUGCUCAUCCCUGCCACGAACUUAACCAUUUCGUCUAGUCUGCUGGAAGAGAACAUCUGGAACAAAAUGGAGGAGAUGUUGGUGCAGAGUGCAUCAAAGAAAUCUAUCAUGAUUUUCAAACCCAGCAAAUCGCUGUUUACCCAAGAAUCGCACGCCUUGGAUAAUCCACGAAGCGUCCAUGGCGAACCGAUCGAGAUCUCCUUCAACCUGGAGAACGCAAUCAAACCUCCUAUCACGUUCGAGUCCAUCAACGUCCUGUGGGAAUUCCGCAAGGAAUCCCAGGAAAUCUACUCCAAUAAACCGCUUUUCAUGGGCGAAGUCACACCGGAAGAGCGAAAAGAAAUCGAUAAUGUCGUGACGACCAUCUCGGUUGACUCCGUUGGCUUUGGAGAGUAUGAAACUAAAACGGUUUCCCUUAAGAUAACUCCCAGAAGUAUCGGGCAGCUGAGGAUUCUGGGAGUCGUAGGAAAAAUCUCAUCAAACACUGCAGGCAGUACGGAACCUGCCAACCUGUGGGGUAAGCAACUGUUCGAAGCUCUUCCGAUUCGAAGCAACUCAAAGGAUAACCGGCCGGCCCAGUUCGAUCGCAAACUGGAAAUCGAAGUACUUCCACCAGCUCCAGCGCUGCACGUUAGCUUCUCGCAGAGUCCAACGGAAGUCCUCGCCGGUGAGGUCAUCCCAAUCCAGAUCCACAUGACAAAUGCCGGAGUUAACGUACUCAGCGACAUCUACAUCUGUAUCGAUAAUCCGCGAUUCGUGUUGGUGAAUCCGGAAGAAUCGGAAAUUCCACUGUCCAUUCUGCGGGAUUUGCGCAACUUGGUUAACGAAAAUCUGGGCAAGGAGAAGGAAGCACGGAAGCAGUACGUUUUCAAGGCCUUCAAGGAUGGCGAAGGCAGCGUCAUCAAUCCCAAGGAAACCAAAACCAGUACCAUCUGGUUGCAGGCUCCGUACGUCAAAGGGCAGAAGAACGUCAAGCUGUUGAUCUACUAUGGAAUGCCGGUGGAUUAUCCGAAGCUCAAGCAUCGACUGGUCCGACAUACCUGGAACUUCAAUGUGAACGAAUCGCUCCUUCUGGAUGCCAAUUGCAACGUUAGUAAUCCGUUAACGAACGAGCUGGGCAUCGACAUCAAUGUGAAAAACCUGAAUCAAGUUCACCAUCCACUGAUGACGGAAAUUUCGGUCAACGAGAUCGUGCUGUACUGUUCGUCGUAUCAGUUGAACCCACGGAAGAUAGUUUAUAUUAAAAAUCCCGGCUAUCAAAAGCACUUUGUCGAGAAAGUGGGCCUCAAAACGAACGAAACCCUUAGUCUUCGCUGCAAUCUCCAGAAACGCCCAGAAGACGUGAAAUUUGGAACCGAUGUGCGGGAAUACAUCAGUGAUAAGCUAUCGACGAUUUCCAUUCGGGCACCCAAAGCCGAAAUGAUCAAAUGUUUGCCAAGUUUCCACUCGACGGGAAGUUUCCUGAUGAAGACCGAAACCAAAUACAUCCGUGUGUACGAGAGCACAAACAAUGAAGAAUUUAACCAGAUUAUUUCCAGCCUGGAUCGACACAUGACCGUCUGCGUGAACUGGAGUGGUCAGAUAAACGAUAAUGGGUCAUCACGACAAGCCUAUGGGCAGCAUUUCGUGCAGUUGAGGAAUCUGUAUGAUGCGGUAUUUUGUCCACCCUCGGAACGCCAUCAGCAGGUGAUCUUCACUCAUAAUGAAGUGGUUUACAGUAUCUACGAUAAUUUAGAUGAGGUAAUUCCCAAACCCGACGACGGACUGGACGAUGGUUGGGGUGUUAACAAUAGUUUUGUGGCCCAACGAUGUUUCCUGGAGGAAAAUCUUCAGUCCGUGGAGUUGGUAGCAUAAGUUUGAAAUAUUUAACUUUGCAAUGCGAUAUGAUAUCUAUUGUGAUGAAACACUGUUUUAAGGUAUGAUUGCG